UCGGGCAAUGCAUUUCUCUUCAUGUGUCAGACACAACAAAGAUAUUGUCGUGUAAUGUAGUAAUAAAUGUAAUGAAGAGUGGUAGUUUCUAUUUAAAUGGAAAUUAAUUAUGCGGGGCUUCAUAAAAUGCUUGUUUCGGUUUUUUUUAUGAAGGUAGAGGCCAUUUGUAAAAUCCUACGUUUACUACAAUACCCAUGAAACACAUAUGAAUGAGCAAUGAAAAUACAGCGCAUGGCGAUGACGACAUAGAGGAAACAACCAGGGCAGGUGUGAUUAGAGCAUAAGAUCAGUAGUUCACCUUGGGAAAACGCGUUGGAGAAGAGACAAAAAAUUGAAAUGGAUCACAGUUUUUUAGUUUUACAAGACAUAUACAGAAGAUUGCUAGCAGGAGUGACCUUGGACAAGGGGGACUUUGAUGUAGCAUCUGUCAUUUACAAAGGCAUUUCUGACCACUGGCCUGAAGCCUCAGUUAAUUCUCUUUCGAUCCAGCACAGCAACAAAAGUGCACAGCACAUGUCAUUUGCUUGUCCAGUCACCUCAAUGAAUGAAAAUAAUCACUGUGAAAAACAAAUGGAAAUGAUGUGCUUCGUGCUGAGUUUAAUAGAGAUAAUGAGCUCGAAAGUGCAGUCUUGUAUCAGCCGAGAACAUAGCAGUCUUUAUGAUAUCUUGAGAAUAUUACUGGAAGAAAAGGACCUCAUGUCAAAACUUGUUUCUUUAUUUGGGAUCCAGGACAAGUUAUUAUCACACCUAGCCGUGAAAUGUGCUUCAUCACUUGUGCUUUUUCAGAUUGGCUCGACUAAUUCGUUUGAUCUUCACUGGCAACAGAUGUGCUUACAGACACUAUUGAAACGUUGCCCUGACAAUGAGAUGAAUGGAUGUUUGUGGUCUCUUACAUUUGUAAUAAAGGGUCUUUUGAGAGGAGUAUUUCAGCAAAAAAUGGAAAUUUUGGGGAAACUUUUGACUUCAUUAGACCUGGUGUUCCCUGCCUUGCAUUCAAUGAUGUUUUCUUUCGCUGACUUCAGUCAAGAGCUCUCAACUUCCUCAAAAUAUGAAUUUGGUUUUGAAACAAGUUUGGCCUCCUUCAUUGACUUAAUUGAAGUUCUCAUUGCUGCAAGAACCAAGCUUAAGACAUUGGCUUCAAGUCAAAGACUUUUAUUCAUUCAGGCAUCAUUGGCCUUGCAGCUAGUUGGUUCCCCUGUUCACUGUUCAGUGAAAAAGAAAAUGCUUCUCCUUUUGAAAAGAUGUCUGCUCCAGAAGGCUGGUGAAGAUUUUUCUAUAGGACAAGUAAAGGGUUCAUUAUUGAGAGAUGAUAUUUUGGACAGUGAUAUGUUAAUGCUGGCAACUGCUGUUUUGCAGUCACCUUUUUCAGGUUGGCUUCAGAGUGUCUCUGUGAGCUCAAAUCCCAGUUAUUUUGGAGGAACUAGUAUCGUAGGUGAAAAUGUUUUGGGAAGUGCAGAUUGUGUGAUGCUCAGGGCAGCAAUCUUGACAUUGAUCAAGUCACUGGAAUAUAAAGUCCUGCAUGCAGGCUCUGUACCUGGUUUCGAAAUUCAGGGAUAUCUGCCCUCAUUGAUGCUUUUCCUGAAGAAGCAUCUAAACGCUACAGAGCAGCAGCUCUGUCACCCCUGCUCUUGGGUCUCUGUGGUGUUUCUGGAUCAGGAUGAUGACAUGAUGGAGGCAGCAAAAGCCAUGCUUACCUUGUAUUUGCAUUUCAGAAGAGUGAGCAACACUGAAGUUUGUGAUGCAGAACUUUUUGUUCAGUUGACCCAUGAAUAUGGCUGUAACCCCCACUGCCAUUUCUUAUUCUUUCUGAACAGUGUAGCAUUUGACCACACUGUUCUCCUGGACUUCUUAAUUUCCACUGAAACUUGUUUUUUGGAGUACUUUGUUGGAUAUUUAAAAAUACUCCGGGAAAACUGGCAAGAUUUCUGCUACAUUUGUCAGCACUUUGAAAAAUAUUCCUCACAACAUGCUGUUAAUAAAUUUACCAGUGGAGAACAUUCUGCAGCUUCCUUAUAUUCUGGAAGUAUUGAACCUGUUUGGAAGAUGAUGUCCUCAGUGGAUCCUGCUUUGAGCUCAGAAAAAAAUGAUGCAAAGUGGAAUGAUUCUAAAUGCUCAGUCAGUGGGAUUAUCACAUCUUCACUUGGUCCCUUGGUUGAUUAUGCAAGCUCAGAAGAGUCUGAACCAGAAGAACUGAACAUUUCAUACUCCUCAACCAGCAAAGAAACAAACUUUGAAGAGUUUAAAAGUACUUGCAUUAAAGGAAAGAAACUGAGCUCAUCAAAUCUUUAUGAAGUUACAAAGGAUCCAAGAACUUAUUUAAGUUCAUCCCUAGGCAGUCAGGAGAAACUGCAGAAGGAACAUCAGGCCCUUCCUACAAUAUUCAAGAAAACUGUUGUGUCUCUCAUAAGGCUUAGGAAAGUGAUUUCCAGGUUGGAAAGAAGACAUCUAUUUCCUUACAAGCCCAAAUUUCUUCUUAAACUCCUAAUGCAUAUUGAAGCAAAUAGUGGAUGUAGUGAAUGAAGGACAUGUUCAGAAAGCAUUUACCACAAUGCCAUGUUUACACUGUUUUCAUUUUUCUUAAAUGUACAACAUAACUCACCUUGAAUGUUCAUUAUUUUGUCAUAGAUUAACAUUACUAAGUUAGGAGUCCGUAUCAGAGGUUUAAAUAUUUCACUUUUUAUUUUGUAACAUCAAUCUUUAUAUUAGUAUGGCAGAAGUGUUUUCAUUAAUGUUUGUGCUUUGUAUGCUUUUGCUAAAUUUAUACAAUAUAUGUGUGACCCAUCAAGUAAAGAGCUUGUAUAUUUAUGAUAAAAGGCACAGACAGAAUUUGUAUUGACUGUUGAUUGCAGUUGUUAAUAAAUAAGAGAAGAUCCAUAAGCACA